AUGCCAUUAAGAAUUUUUUUAAUCUUUUUUCUAACUCCCGUAUACGCAAUAAAUUUACUUGAUUUAUGUCAAUCUGGUAUUCGUGAUGAUGGUUCAAAUUAUGUUCAUUGUGCACGAAAAUCACUUUCAGAAAUUCCACAUUUUUCUUCACAUCGGCUAUUUAAUUUAGCAUUUGAUGAACUUAUUCUAUCUGAUAAUGCUAUAACACAUAUUGAUGCAAAUGCAUUCAAUGGUUUACGUAUAAAACGUUUAAUUAUGUCGGGUAAUCGUUUAAAAUCCAUUGAUAAAAAUGCAUUUCGUGAAUUAGAAAAUUAUCUUGAACAAUUAACAUUAGAAUUUGAUCCAACAAUUGUUGAUACAAUACCUGAAGCAAUACAAACAAAUCUUGCUAAUAUAAGAAGUUUAACAUUAACUGGUUUAAAUCUACGUACAUUACCAUCGAAUGUAUUUGAACAAAUGAAAAAAUUAGAAAUUUUAUCAUUAAAAUCAUGUAAUUUACAAUCGAUUGAUUAUGAUGCAUUUCAUUCAAUUGAAAAACAAUUACGUUAUUUAUAUCUUGAUUAUAAUCAACUUGAUAAUCGUAUAUCAAAUAUACUAAAUCGUUUAAUAACAUUAGAAACAUUAUCAUUAUCACAUAAUCAUAUAAAUCAAUAUGAAUUAAAAUUAAUUAAUAAAAAUCUUCGAUAUUUAGAUUUAUCAUAUAAUGGUUUAGGUAAAUUAUUUUUAACAAAUAUGAAAAAUUUACAAAUAUUAAAUGUACAAAAUAAUCUUUUAACUUCCGAACAAAUUAUUGGAACAAUACCAAAUCAAUUAAAAGAAUUAAUACUUGAUUUUAAUUCAAUACGAAUGUUUAAUGAAAAUUUUUUGCUGGAAAAUAAUCUAUUAGAAACUUUAUCAUUACAAAGUAAUGAUUUUUUAUUAAAUAAUUCAACAACAUUUCAACAUUUAAAUAAACUUAAACGAUUAAAUCUUGCAAGAAAUAAUAUUAAAAUAAUACCAAAAGGUUUAUUUAAUUUUACUGGUUCACUUGAACAUUUAAAUAUGGAUCGUAAUCCAUUACUUCCAUUAGCAAUUGAUACAUUUUCUGGUAUUGAAUCUUCAUUACGUAAUAUAAGUUGUCAAUCUUGUUCGUUAACAUCAGAUUCUUUACCAGCAUUUUCUCGUUUAAUUAAUCUUGAACGUUUCAAACUUCAAUCAAAUUUAUUUACUGAAAUAAAACCUGAUACAUUUUUUUCAUCUAUGCCAAAAUUAAUUGCUAUUGAUUUACAACGUAAUCAAUUAAAACAAAUAUCAUCAGAAUUUCCAAUAACAUUACGUGAAUUAGAAUUAGGAAAUAAUUAUUUGACAAAUUUACCAUUUAAUAAUAAAACAUUCCAACAAAUAUCUCAAUUAAUCACGUUAGAUUUAAGUUCAAAUCCACUGCAAUGUGAUUGUCAUAUUAAAUCUUUAUAUCAUUGGUUAUUAACACAUUUUCAAACUGAACUUGUUCCAUAUGUACAAUGGAUAUGUGCUCAACCAAAAGAACUUUCCGGUAAACAAUUAGGAUCUCUAUUAGAAAAUCAAUUGAUAUGUGAAGAUAUUCCAACAACAAUAACUACUAAUUCUAUUGAACUAACAACUGAACAUCAAAAUCUUCCUUCAUUUAAUGUUUGGUUAAAAGAUUCUGACAUAGCAAUUCUUGAAUGGUCCUAUAUAUUAUCUCCAUUAAAAUUAAUUGUCUAUGAAAAUGGUUAUAAAUUACCCAUACUUGAUUUAAAUUCAACAGAUAAUUAUUUUCUUCUUGAAAAAUUAAAAUCAUCAACAAAUUAUACUCUAUGUCUUGAAAGUAAUCAACAAAUUUUAUGUCGAAAUUUAUUAACACCAAUAAAAUCUCAACAAAAAAUUUUAUCAUUAUCAUCAUCAUCAAAAUUUAUUGAAAAACCUUCAUUUAUUAAUGAUAUACAAUAUCUUAUAACGGGUAUUGCAUGUGGAAUUAUUGUUGUAUUAGUUAUUCUUUUAUUAGUCAUCGUUUUUCUAAUGAAACAACGAGAAAAAUUUCAUCAUAAUUCAUCAAAAACAAUUGCAACAGAUUCAUAUUAUCAAACAACUGGUUCUGAUACAACACAAAUAGGUGGAUCAUGCUCAUUAGAUGAACGUUCAACACAACAAUCAAACAUAUCACCUAUGUUUUAUUAUUGUCGUUCACCGCCAAUAUCAAAUUGUUGUCAAGAACAACAACCCUAUCAUUUCUAUCAUGAAAUUCCAUUUACAACAUCAUCAAAUCAUUUAAAUCCACCACCACCGUGCCUUUGUAGACCACCUAUUACUAUUUAA